AUGGUUCACCCAUCCAAAGAAGAUCAUUACAAUACAGUAUGCCAAAAUAUCGUAAUGUCGUCCGAAGAUGAGCCUUUCAAGCAACCGAAGAAAUGCUCGCUGCUUUGGAAAACACCUAUCGUCAACGACACGUUUGUGUCGUCGCAGAACCGACUCGAUUCGACUACUAACUCGGCAGGACAGACAGACAGAACGUGUGCAGCCAGGGUGACAACCGACGACAAGACGGUGCAAAUCGGCUGGUACUACCUUGAAGCAUGUGUUAAGAGAAUCUACAAAACGGUCACCGGCACUGACAAUCGGCGAAUAGCAGGACAUCGAUUACUUUGCUUAAGCAUCGACAAAAAAGUCGACACUGGCAAUGAAAAUCUGCUGACGUCAGCAAAGCCUCCCUAUUGUGUAAAUUGCCAGAUUGAUUCGCAUCGCAUCGUCGGCCGUCUCUUUCUUACACAAGAUUUCUAA